ACUAUAUAUAUAUUGUUUUUCGUAGCUAAGAAAAAAGAAUUACGUAUUUCCGUUGUUUUUCUAGGCGUAAAACUGUUUGGUUCCCGGGAAAAUUCUCGAUUCGAAUACCAGCCUCACCAUGCAUCUCAUUGAUGAGUUCAACCUGCAAUUAUUUGAUCUUGAAGGUGAUUACAUGCCUUCACCUACCUGCUGUGAAAAUGCUACGUUUGUCUCUACCCGGGAGAAAGUGUUUCAAUUCUUUGAUAAGCUAUCGGUCGCUGCCUGCUUGAAUCAGUCAGUCUGUUAUGCAGCAAUGAGCUACUUCGAUAGAUAUGCCUCAAGAAAUGACAUUCCGAUUAUUGAAGAAUGCGAACAGAAGAGUAUAAAAGUUUUCGCUGUUGCUUGUCUCACAAUGGCUGUCAAAUUGGAAAAGAAUGACAUCUUUGUUUAUGACCUUGUGCAUGGAGAACUUUUAGCACUUGUUCAGAAGCAUUUGCUGUCGACCCAAGCUCUUAUAUCAAAGCAGCUUCAUUGGAGAAUUCGCUUUCUCAAUCCUAUGUGUUUCCUUGGUUAUCUCUCUUCACUUCUGUAUGGGGACCAAGAUGAAGCUGCUGUACGGGCAAAAGUUGAAGGUUUUGUUUGUCGCUUCCAAAAGAGAGCUGCUGUUUGUGAGAAAGCUGAAAGUUUGGUCUGUUACAUUCAAAGAGAUAUAACAUACAUGCAAUAUAAGCCAUCAAUUAUUGGAGCAGCAGCCCUGGUCGCUGUUCAGCCUGUUGAGAACUACGAGCAACGUUUGGCAGCAUGCCGCUACAUUGAUGCGGAUUCUCUUACGCAAUGCCUUGAGAAAAUGAAGGAAAGCUACAUGGUGAUGGUGGUGAACAAGUUAUCAACAAGUUACAACUUUGAUGGAGGACAAGGGGAUAUAAGGAGCAUCACUUGGAUGGCCUUACUAGAGUUACACAACUUGUUGAAGUUAAAAGAAAGCAGUCAGUCGUGCAUACUUUUAUUAGAUUUGAAUGAUUGACAGAGCAUGACAAGUGCAUGAGAAGUGAUGCAAUACGUAUAGAUGGCUACAGAUUGAGACUUAAACCCCGGAGAAACCAUCAAUCACCCCACAGCCACUGCGAACAAUGACCACAAGAGGAUAAGUCAAUCAAUUUUUUAUUUUUUUUUAAAAUAAUAACUCAGUAAUCUCUUGUCCUUUUUUUUAUUUUUUAUUUUGGGCAAGUGUUUUCUAAUUUUGAUACAAGGCUGUAACUCAAAAUGGACAUUAGCAUCAUCAGUUUGGUGUAAUAUGAUAUCUGAGAUCGCCUCAUCCACCAAUGGAUAUGCCCAUUUUAGAAUAUGACUUGGUUCUUUUUUUCCAACCCAUGUUAAUGCUCUUUUUGUUAUCUCUAAUGAUUGCCUUGAAUG